GUAGCGGCGCUGCGCUGCAGCGGGGCCGGGGCCGGGGGCCGGCGGGCGGCCAGCGCUGCCGCCGAGCCGCGGCUGGGGGCGAUGCCGCCGCGCCGCCCGCCCGCCGCGCCGCCCCGCCGCCCGCCCGGCGACCGGCGAGGCAGCGCCCGGCGGCGGGCGGGAUAAUGCGGCUGCCCAGCCCGCAGGCACCGCCAGCGGGGCGCCCCCGCCGCCAUGUCCCCCCCGGCCUCGGCGGCCGCCGCCAGCGAGGGAGGCAGCAGCACGCCGGUGCCUCCGGAGGAGGAGGCGGAGGGGGCCCGAGAGGAGCAGCGGCCAGUGAAGCAGUCUCUCAGCAAGUCUCUGUGCCGAGAGUCCCACUGGAAAUGCCUGCUGCUGUCCCUCCUCAUGUACGGCUGCAUGGGAGCCAUGACAUGGUGCCACGUCACCAAGGUGACCCGGCUGACCUUUGACAGCGCUUACAAAGGCAAGUCCAUGAUGUACCACGACAGCCCCUGUUCCAACGGCUACGUCUACAUCCCCUUGGCUUUCCUGGUGAUGCUCUACGUGGUGUACCUGGUGGAGUGCUGGCACUGCUACACCCGCAACGAGCUGCAAUACAAAGUGGACGUGGAGAGCGUGCACGAGCGUGUGCAGCGGAUGCAGCAGGCGACUCCCUGCAUCUGGUGGAAGGCCAUCAGCUACCACUACGUCCGCAGGACCCGGCAGGUUACCCGCUACCGCAACGGGGAUGCCUACACCACCACCCAAGUGUAUCACGAGCGGGUCAACACCCAUGUGGCAGAGGCUGAGUUCGAUUAUUCCAAUUGUGGAGUUAAGGACAUCUCCAAGGACCUCAUUGACCUGGAGAGCUACCCGGCCACGCGGCUCCGCUUCACCAAGUGUUUCAGCUUUGCCAAUGUGGAGUCAGAGAACUCCUAUCUGACCCAGCGGGCCCGCUUCUUCACAGAGAACGAGGGCCUAGAUGACUACAUGGAGGCCAGGGAGGGGAUGCACCUCAAAAAUGUGGACUUCAAGGAAUACAUGGUGGCCUUUUCCGACCCAGACAACCUGCCUUGGUAUGUAUCUCACUAUGUCUUCUGGGUGGCAGCUCUGCUGACCCUAUCCUGGCCCCUGAGGGUGCUAAAUGAGUACCGCACCUCCUAUGUCCAUUACCACGUGGAGAAACUCUUUGGGUUCGACUACGUGGCAGUGACCCCGGCCGAGGAGCGCACCUUCUGCCGGAGGAUGCCCCGCGUCAACACGGUGGACAGCACCGAGCUGGAGUGGCACAUACGAUCCAACCAGCAGCUGGUGCCCAGCUACUCGGAAGCGGUCCUGAUGGACUUGGUGGGGCUCUCCGGCUGCACCAGCUACUCUGCGUGCCGGUACGGGGGCUACCGGCAGAACUGCGAGCGAUGCCACAGGACUAUAAGCAGCUCCUCCAUCUUCUCCCGCAGUGCUCUGAGCAUCUGCAACGGCAGUCCCAGGAUUCCCUUCAGCAGCAGCCGCUUCUCUCUGGGCCGCCUGUACGGCUCGCGACGCAGCUGCCUCUGGCAGAGCCGGAGUGGGAGCCUGAACGAGCAGAGCUGCCCCACUGAGCAGACACGCCUCUCCAGCCAGGUGACUGUGGAGGAGGAAGACCCCCCUCCUUACCAGGAUGCACUCUACUUCCCCGUUCUCAUCGUACACCGCAACGAAGGCUGCCUGAACCACGACCACCGUCACCUCCAUCGCAACGGGUCCUGCGUGGAGACCUCACUGUGAAAGCAGAGGGCGGUGAGAUCUCAUUGUCCAUUGCCUGGCACAAGCCACCACAGGAUCUGGGGAGAGGAGCACAGGGGCGACAGGCUUAAGAGGACAUCAGGAUGGAGUGGACGUGGCAUCUCGCUCCAUCAGCCAGCAAAGGCUCCCCCCACUGUGGCUCUGACCUCCCAGAGGGGUGGGUGCUGGUGCUCCCCUGAUGUGGCACAGAACUCUAGACCAACCACCACGUGCAAAAAAAAAAAAAAAAAAAAUUCAACCAAACCAACCACAAAACUGUAAUUCAUGGCAUCAAGAUCCAAAGGGGAGAAUAAAAAGACAGGCCUGAUGCAGGGAGGGGAUGGCUUUGGCUCCCAGCCCUGGCUCCAGGCUGGCUCAUGCUCUGAGGAACCAGCAGCCACCAGAAAGCGCUUUGCUGCACCUCAGCCCACCCUGCUUCCCGUGCUGGAGCAAGACCCCUUGCAAUGUGGAGGGGAAUGGGCCCUUUGGGAGCAGGGUGUAACUGCCUGUAACGGAAGGUCUGGGACAUCCUGGCACGUGGAUGGAGCGGCAGGUUAAAGCAAAGGCUGAAAGCCAUGAAUCCAGCUCUUUCCCUUCCCCCCAACUGUUCCCCACCCUCCCCAUUUUUUUUUUUUUAGACCAUGCUCCGACUGUUACUCUGUUCUCACUGCUGGGAAUGGCAUCGCCUCCAGAGGAUCCCAGGCUCCUUAGGAAGGUUCGGCAUGCCAGCUCUGAGUCAGCAUCCCCUAGGUAAAGGGUUUUCUGUUUGGGCACACAGCACUGGGGAAGGGAUGAAUGUGCAAACCCAGAUGGAGCAGAGAUCUGCAGCGCUACCGAUGUGUUUGCUGGAGGAGGGCUCAGCUGGAAAGAGAAAACGGUAGGCCCCUGAUGAGCUGGGGAAGGGGAAGAGGAUGGCACUGGGACAGGCGGCAUCAUGGUAUCAGGUGGCACGUCAGGUGGCUGGGGACCCUUCCUGUCUUUGAAUUGAGUCCUUAAUUGAUUCAGACAAGCAUCAAGGAAGGCUCUGCUGCUCCACCAAGGGGAACGUUAUGCCCGUGGAUGUGAUCUCGUCAACUCUCUCAAAAGCAAGCUAACAAGCAAACUGACCUCCACAGCAAUGGGAGAGGAACCUUCUCCCACAGGACCAUAACCUUUCUGCACCUGAGGGAAAAGAGGUCCCAAGGACAGAACUGAACCGGCAAGACCCAUGACCUCGUGGCCUGCCCUUCCUUCUUCCCUCCUUACCUCAUAUGUCUGUCUUGGGGGAGGGACGGUUUCCCUGUGGAGUUCAGCAAGCUCCUCUUCCUCAUACACAGGCUCAUACACAGGCUCUACUAACAGGUAUAUCAUCCACCUAUGCAACUCUUCCAGAAGCUGCCAAGUUUUCAGGAGCUCAUUACAAUGUGCAGCAUGGCCAUCCGGCACCGAGAAUAAGCACAGAGGCUGCUGGAAAGCUAAGUGGGUUUUAUUCCUCCCCCCAUUCCCAAGGAAGACUGUUUUUGUUGGGCCAUUUUGUUUGUUCCGUUUUUGUAAACUUCAUUUGGGGGAAAUGAAGCUUGUGAGAUAUUGGUGCCCAUCCUGAACCCUCCCCAGUCCUUUGAACUUCGUGAAUGGAUGGAUCACCUACUGUGAUUAAAAUUUAACGGAUUUUGUAGAACAAAAUAACUUCACACACAGACACAUGAGGUUCUUUCACUCUCCAUCAGCACAAGCUGCUUCUGCAAUCUUAGCUACUCACAUUAGCGAAAGAAAAAUCCUAGCUAGAAUGUGGUGAGAUGACGUAGUACUUUGCAUCAGUCCCAUGGUCCCAAUGUCCAUUAGCAGCGCUGUCAGCUGCUGUGCCAUGAAUUCGGAUUUUGGAUGGCAGCCCAUGAACCAGUCAGGGUAAAAGUUUGGAAAAACACAAGCCUGAGUCUAGCACAUCUCCUGAAGCAGAUGCAGGGGGAGGAUCAGCUGAAAGCAGGCAUCACCUCCUGCUCGGCCGUGCCAGGAGCUGGUGGGCUCUGUGCUGCACCUGCCCCCCAGGAAGAGCCUGUCCCCAGGGGCCAAGCAGAGGGGAAUGAGAGUAGUGAUAUGUCUGAUGGAGCAAAAUGCACGGCACAGCUCAGCCAGUGGGAAACAGCAGUGACAAUUAGACCCCAAAAUAACAGGAUUUCACACUGGGAAUGCCAACAUCUUUUUCAAACUGAAAUGAGACUAGGAGGCCUUAACAGUUGUGAGAAGUGUUUUGUGUUGCUGUUCCUUCCUUAAAGAAAAAAUAAUUUUUGGGGGUGAGGUGGGUUUAAACUCUCCACUCCUUCCAGCCCUUGUUGUGUUGGUGGAGAAGAAAUGCUCAAGGCAGAUUGGGAGGGUGGCCCUGUGGCUUCGCAGUGGGGUAGGCUGGAACAGAGGCUGGAGUUUAAAGUCUUCCUCUGAGGUGUGACCUGGCCAUCCACCUACACACGCACGCAUGGCAGGGUGGGCUUCUGCAUGUUUGUGUGCACAGCUGGGACCUGUGGCCCUGCAGAGGGUUGGUGUGUUUGUGGCUCUGGGCUGGUGACACCCAUCUACCUUUGCGGCAAGGGCUCUUCAGGGUGACAGAGCGUUGCUUGUUCCUUGCGAGAGGAAACUCCUGACCUGGUUUCUGUGAGAAGAUGGUGUGAAGUGUCACAUUUGCUGCAGUGAGUGCCAGGGAGCAGGGAUAAAAGCAUGGAGCAAGCUGUGUUUGAGAACAAGCUAAUCCAUUGCUGGCUGCCUGAAACAGGAGAGCUGCUGGAUCUGCUCCCUGGACAAUGCUUUCCGUCUCUUCCCACCCUCCCCAAACCCGAUGGGAAAACUGUCAUUCCUGUGAGGUAGCCAAAGGACCCCUCUCCCCUGAACUCCUCUGAGGCUGUGUGUUCACAUCAUUUGGGUCCUGUCCCUGCUGGGUGCUGUGGGCCAGCCAUGAAAUGCCAGCAGACACAUGAUGACCUCAAGCGUGCUUGUGGGCAGAACUCACAAUGCCCUGCUGGUGUGCAGCAUUCCAGCAGUGCUCCCUGCCCUGGCAUACCUCCUCCUUGCUUGGGGGAGAGCUGCAGCAGUACAUCCUGGUAUCACCUUGUGGUUUUCCAGAGAAUUUCACACAGCACUUGUCUGAGCCUCGGUAAUCAGGGUAAGUUCAACAGACCAAAGUUAGAAAGCAGAAGGCCUUGACAUUUUGGUGGUCCCGGUCCCCAGAUCUUUGGUGCUGCCCCUGGGGAGGUGAGGCAGGUUGGCUGUUGUGGCAGUGUGAGGGCAGAGGACAGCAUCAUGGUAAAAGCAGCACGUCCACUGGAGUCUCCAAAUGUGUGCUCUGUGCUUCUCUGCUGGGGCUGAGGGCAGCUCUGCUGCGGGCUGCUCAAGGCGCGCUGAUGGAGGGCAGAAUAGCAUGUGGAUGCUCAGCAAGGUGUGGAGAGGAGGGUUGGUAGGAGAACAAGUUUUUUUGCGGGUGCAGUGGUUUUUAUAGAAGGCAAGACAGGGCAGGAGGCUGCGGUGCUGGAACAGCGGUGCUGCAAGGCAGGGAGUGGGGGGGGAGGAAACAAAGGGAGCAGGGUGUUUGGUGGAGACGCUUGGGAACAGAGUGGUUCCCAAGAGACAAAGCAGUCAGUGCAUGCUCUGGCUGAGAAGACAGGCAGGAGGUAUUCCCAAGCUGAGGUGCCCAGGCCAUGUCUUGCUGCACUGCUGGAACAGCGAUGUUGCCUCUAAGCCCAGCACUGACAGCUUGAGCACGUGUCACCAACCGUGAUGGCUAAUGCAGCCACAAGGUGUAAAUGUCACUAAUGAAUAAAUUGCCCUGUGCCUUGAAGAGGCUAAUCCAUCACGGCCGGAGACAGGGAUCUGACAGGCUUGGCUAUUUCAGGCACACCCUGUGGGGAGGAGGAAUGCUGCAUUUCUGAGCCAUCCCCUCCACCUAGGGAAACCAAUUCAGGGUUUGGCUCUGUGCCACUCCCCAGCUUCCCAGUCGCAUGAGCUCAGGUUUUGUCCCUUUUCACUGCAACUGAAGGAAGAAGCAGGAAAGGAUCUAGGUUAGCCAAAAGCUCCCUGUCAGCAGGGUGGUGCAUGGGGCUAGCUGGUAGAGGAGUUUGGAGGCAGACUGCUGCACACAGGACAGGGGUGGUGAUGUAGAGGUCAGUGCCAUAAAUUGGUAGGUCCCCAGCAAUGAGGAGAGCUUGUGUGAGUUGUCUGGGUUGUAGAGUUGUAUGGGCUGGACUGUGCAUUUCAGGCCAGUAGCGCUUGAUGCCAUGUUUUACAAGCAUGCUGUUUCCUCCCCAGUUCAGUUUCAUAGUUUGCCCCUAUAAGAGGCAAUCUGGAAAUUCUCUGAGCCUGCCCCAGCUCAAGCCCUCACCCUGUCCAGAGAUAGCUUCACUGUGAUGUCCUAGAGGCAAUGCGCAGGACACCCAUUUUCCCCCCUGCUGUUGAACCCCAGCCACUAGCACUUUGUCUGACUGUGCAGAGGGCCAGCAAGUAUCCAGCGGGCAGGGAAGAAGCUCAGUGUGGACAAAUCCUGCUCCAUGGGAGCAAAGGGAGGCUGAACAGCAAUCAUUUCAAUGCACAGCCUCUGCCCAUCGCCGUGGCAGUCUGCUCCUCCUCCCCCAGUCAGUGCUCAAAUCAGCCUGCUGUCCUGUUUGCGACAUAUGCCACUGUGACACCUUGCAAAUCCAUGCCUGGGUCUCUGUGAGCAGAAGCCGUCAGGCUUGGGAAGCUGGCCACCGACUCCUGCUGCCACGUGCGCUCUGCUCAGAGCAGCGGAAGCCGGGUUCGCCAUCUGCUCCAUGACGGAGCGAGCCGGGCACCCCUGCUCCAGCCUGAUGGGGCACCCGCUGGCAUAGCCCAAGUGCAAGCCCUUGUGUCAUUCCCCCUCCUUUACUUUCCGGCCACCCUCAUCUCUCCCCGUCUCUCUGACGCAGAUCCAUGGGCUGGGGGAUGUUCCCAGCUUGGCUGGGGUGCCUCUACAGCUGAGUGCCACUCAUGCAGUGUUGGUGGGUGGUGACAGUGCUGGAGGUCAUUCCCUCCUCCAGACAGAGGCCCACAGAUUGACCCCCCUCCUCAAAGCUUGACAGUACUCCUUGGGAAUAGAUCUCAAAGGAGAGCUAAGGGGUCUGUCCUGGCCCUGCGCAGGCACAUUCCUUUCCCAGCACAGAGUGACCAGCUAGUUACCGCUCUGGAAGGCAGUCCCACUGUGUGGUAACUGGACCUGGAGCUGACAAGCGACCCACCAACAGUGGAAAUGUUUACAUUCAUACAAUCUGCUGUUGCUGGCAGACCUUUCAGUUUUAGCCAACAUGUGGCAUUUGAAGUGGUUUCAGCCCUUGCAGACUGGCGGAUAGUUGAUUCUUAGUCUUGGGUGUGGGCAUGUGGUGCAGGCGGCUUGGUGUGGGCUUUGCUCUUUGGCCAAGAGAUUGAUGGGAGGGAUGGCAAAGGGUUCUCCAGGCAACAGCUACCUGUCCAGGCAUUCCUGCCUGUGGCAGCCCAGGAGUGGAUUUGGAGGGUACUUAGGUGGUGUUAACAGUCUCAGGACUGUUUGCUGGAAAAGGAGCAGUGAAUAUCCUGGAAAGCAAGCCAGCAGUUUUUUCUGGUGAUGACAUGUUUUCCCAAGCCCUUUUCUUUCCUUCCCCUGUUCUCACUGCUCUGGCAGUCAAUUCCUCCUCGUGUGUCUGCUAGCAUGUCUGUAGGAUCUCAUCGCUGCCCUCCCAGCAUGAGCUUUCAUUGCACAACUGGCUGACUAGCUGCAGCCCUGUCCUUGGAGCUACAGGCAAGCUUGCUCAGGACCAGGCCACCCCCAUCAAGCCACCACCCUCACUGCUGGAGCUGUUGCUUCAUCAGCCUAAUGCUGAUCUGGGUCUUUUCUGCUGUUUCUGAACAUGAGUUCUCAUCUCAUUGAGGUGUGUCAUCCAGUGGAAAUAUUUUGUAAAUGCAAAUAAAAAUAAAUAAGUAUAUUCAAUACCUCGGUCUCGAGGAUGGGAAACAAGUAGUGGGAGAUGCCCAGAUAGGGAGGUUUCACAGCUGCUUGUUCUGCUUAGGAAUUCUUGCAGAUGUAGCCCCUGAAGCCUCCAUCAGUAGUUGAGAAGGGAGCUACGCAAACUUGUGAGGGCUUGGGGCUGAGCCCUGUCCGCGCUCCUUGCGUGGCCAGUGCCACAGGGGACAGCCUCGCACUCCAUCCUUCUGAUCUGUACGGGUGUGACACGGUGCAGGUAAAGGUCCCGUCGGCCGGGGGCCGGCGGCACCACAGGUGUCUGUAUCCAUCAGGCAGGGCAAGGCAGAAGCGGGUACGUGGUGGAUAAAUUCUUUUGUGAACACUGGGAAACAGUUUUUACUUUUCAACUCUGUCAAUAUGAUCUAGCUCUGUCUGUCUCUCUAUAUAUGUACAAACAGUAUAUCACAAUGUUGCCUUUUUUGUUGGAAAUAUCAAAGUACAAAGAUUGUAAACCAAAUCGGUGUAAUAAAAGUUUCAGAUGAUUCACUGA